AGUAGCCCUACCCGUUCGCAUGUCCAACCAUUCUGCAUCGCCCGGAGUAACAGCCACGCAGACUAGAAAAAAAGGUAACACGCACUUUCUAAGGGGAGAGAGUGAGUAGGGAGGGGAGAGAGAAAAACUCCCUGGACACCGAGGGAGACUCGGGUUGAUAAAGCAAGAAAAGUUUUUUUUUUAUAAGAGAGAAAUAAGGUUUGAUUGUUAAGAAGAAGACGUGCUUUUAUCAACUGCUGGAACAGAGGAGGGGAAGAGAACACGGCCGAAGAUGCUCAAGCUGCUGUGAUAAAGUUGUUGCAACUCAGACUGCUCAUAGACAAACAGGAAGCAAAGAGACAGAGCCCUUGGCCUUGCUUGAGCAAUCCAAAGAAAACCAAGGCAGAAACAAACCACACCAGAGCAUAGACAGAGGACAAGAAAAAACACAGGAUGGCUGAGGAGGAGGAAACCAGGGAGGUGCUCUUCUCUGACUGGUCGGGUCCAGAGAAACAGGGAAUGACCCUUGAGCAGUCAGGCGAAGGAGAGAUCUAUGUCAAAGAGGUGAAAAUGGAGUCGCCUGCUGGUCGCACUGGAAGAGUACACGAGGGUGAUCAAAUUGUGGGUGCCACCAUCUAUUUUGACAACAUGAGUUCCAAGGAGACGACGGAACUCCUCAAGACCCUAAACAAACACAAGGUCGGACUGAAACUACAGAACAAGGACAAGUCACCAUGCCGCUCCCCCAUGGGCACUCUGUCACCCUGCCGCUCCCCAAUGGGAACUCUGACGUAUGAAGGGAGGCGGAGGGUUGGAGGCUCCAGCCAAGACAUUAUCCUGAGUGGGGAUGAUGAAGAUUACAAGAGAAUAUAUUCCAAGAAGAUUAAGCCCCGGCUGAAGUCUGAGGAUCUGGCGGAGGGCGUGGACGUCCGUACAGAGCGUCACAGCAGCACCAGCACCGACGGCAGCACGACCACCACCAUCACCCGUCGCAUCACUACCUACACUGUGGACAUGCCAGAGGGCGUGGACGAGCAGCUUGAUCUAACCAGCCCAGAGUUCAAAGGGCAACGGUAUGAGCAGUCAGGAGGGGGAAGCUCGUCUCAAAUGCGAGUUUUACACGGAAGCGGAAGCCCUUCAGGUAUAAGAGGUGGAUUGGAGGGGGGUGAUUUUGAACUAGGAGGUGAUGGGGUUUCUUUCACUGGGCCGGAUGUAACUAGCUCCUCUGAGAAGCACUGGAGCACUGGAGGGGUGAAGACCACCACUGUUACAAGGCAGAUAGAGGGGGGAGAUAGUGGAGCAGCAGGGAUCAGAUUCAAAGGAUCUAGCUUUGGGAUGCCUGGGGCGAAGAGUCAGCGAGAGUUUGGCCUCUAUAGAGGGGGUGAGCAGGGGGACGGGAGCUUUCAGGUUUCAGGUGACUCAGCUGACUACCAGGCAGGAUCAAUCAAUGUCACGGUCCCUGGAAAAACAACAAAUAUUUCAUCCAGCUCCAUAUCAAUGGGUAAAGGGGAGGUGAGAGGAGUAGACGUUCAUUUGCCUGGUAGGGGCAGUGCAGACUGGAAGGGUAGGGCCGGAGGUUCAGUACCUGGAAUAACCAUUAGUGAUCAACAGAUGACAGGGCCUGGGAGCACAGGUCUCUCCAGAGGCAACCAGGGUGGGGUUUCCUUACCCAACAUGCCAGGCAUUGAUACAGGCUUGAAUGGGGGCAAGAUAUCAACAGACAUAAGAGCGCCAACACUUGACAUCAAUACCUCAGGCAUGAAGGAGUCUGGCUCAGUGAAAAUGUCUGUAAAAGAAACAACAACGGAAAGCAAACUCAAAGGUGGCAUCAAAAUGCCAUCAUUUGGACUGAACACUGGAGGUGCAGACAGCGAUGGAGAUGUUAAACUACCGAAGGUGAAGGGUAGUGUAGAUAUUUCAGUACCCGGGGUAGAUGUAGAUUUAUCAGGCGCAUCUAUGAAUAUGAAAGGAGGAAAGACGAUAGGUGGUGUUUCCAUCAAAGCACCCAAAGUAGACAUUAAAGGUUCAGGUGUUGAUAUAGAAGGUCCAGAAGGCGGUUUCAAGAUACCCAAAGAAAAGAUAUCAUCAUUUGGAGUCAGAGGAGCCGAACUUGAGGGUACUGGUGUCGAUGUCAACCUACCAAAAACUGACAUUGACAUCAAAGGUCCCAAAGUAGACAUUGAAGGUCCAGAUGUUGACAUUGAAGGAUCAGGAGGAUUUAAGAUGCCAAAGAUGAAGAUGCCCUCAUUUGGAAUCAAAGGAUCUAAAGUUGAGGGAGAUGUUGAUGUCAAACUACCUAAAGGUGACAUUGACAUCAAGGGACCUAAUGUUAACAUCAAAGGUCCAGAACUUGACAUCAAAGGCCCUGAUGGGAAAAUCAAGGGUCCAAAAUUCAAGAUGCCAUCAAUGUCAGGCCCAAACAUCUCAAUGCCUGAUAUGGACAUCAAUCUGAAAGGUCCAAAGGUGAAGGGAGAUGUGGAUGUGUCAGUGCCAAAGCUAGAAGGAGACAUCAAGGCUCCCAAAGUUGACAUUAAAGGUCCAUCAAUAUCAGGACCAAAGAUCUCAAUGCCCGAUGUGGACUUCAAUCUGAAAGGCCCAAAGGUGAAGGGAGAUUUGGGUAUGUCAGGAGACCUCAAAGCACCCAAAGUAGACAUUGAAGGUCCAGAUGAUGACAUUGAAGGUUCAGGAGGAUUUAAGAUGCCAAAGAUGAAGAUGCCCUCAUUUGGAAUCAAAGGAUCUAAAUUGGAGGGAGAUGUUGAUGUCAAACUACCUAAAGGUGACAUUGACAUCAAGGGACCUAAUGUUAACAUCAAAGGUCCAGAACUUGACAUCGAAGGCCCUGAUGGGAAAAUCAAGGGUCCAAAAUUCAAGAUGCCAUCAAUGUCAGGCCCAAACAUCUCAAUGCCUGAUAUGGACAUCAAUCUGAAAGGCCCAAAGGUGAAGGGAGAUUUGGGUAUGUCAGGAGACCUCAAAGCACCCAAAGUAGACAUUGAAGGUCCGGAUGUUGACAUGGAAGGUUCAGGAGGAUUUAAGAUGCCAAAGAUGAAGAUGCCCUCAUUUGGAAUCAAAGGAUCUAAAUUGGAGGGUCCAGAUAUUGAUGUCAACCUACCAAAAGCUGACAUUGACAUCAAGGCUCCCAACGUUGACAUUAAAGGUCCAUCAAUAUCAGGACCAAACAUCUCAAUGCCCGAUGUGGACUUCAAUCUGAAAGGCCCAAAGGUGAAGGGACCAAAGAUCUCAAUGCCCGAUGUGGACUUCAAUCUGAAAGGCCCAAAGCUGAAGGGAGAUGUGGAUGUGUCAGUGCCAAAGCUUGAAGGAGACAUCAAGUCUCCCAAAGUUGACAUUGAAGGUCCAUCAAUAUCAGGACCAAAGAUCUCAAUGCCCGAUGUGGACUUCAAUCUGAAAGGCCCAAAGGUGAAGGGAGAUUUGGGUAUGUCAGGAGACCUCAAAGCACCCAAAGUAGACAUUGAAGGUCCAGAUGUUGACAUUGAAGGUUCAGGAGGAUUUAAGAUGCCAAAGAUGAAGAUGCCCUCAUUUGGAAUCAAAGGAUCUAAAUUGGAGGGUCCAGAUAUUGAUGUCAACCUUCCAAAAGCUGACAUUGACAUCAAGGCUCCCAAAGUUGACAUUAAAGGUCCCUCAAUAUCAGGACCAAAGGUCUCAAUGCCCGAUGUGGACUUCAAUCUGAAAGGCCCAAAGGUGAAGGGAGAUUUGGGUAUGUCAGGAGACCUCAAAGCACCCAAAGUAGACAUUGAAGGUCCAGAUGUUGACAUUGAAGGUUCAGGAGGAUUUAAGAUGCCAAAGAUGAAGAUGCCCUCAUUUGGAAUCAAAGGAUCUAAAUUGGAGGGUCCAGAUAUUGAUGUCAACCUUCCAAAAGCUGACAUUGACAUCAAGGCUCCCAAAGUUGACAUUAAAGGUCCCUCAAUAUCAGGACCAAAGGUCUCAAUGCCCGAUGUGGACUUCAAUCUGAAAGGCCCAAAGGUGAAGGGAGAUUUGGGUAUGUCAGGAGACCUCAAAGCACCCAAAGUAGACAUUGAAGGUCCGGAUGUUGACAUGGAAGGUUCAGGAGGAUUUAAGAUGCCAAAGAUGAAGAUGCCCUCAUUUGGAAUCAAAGGAUCUAAAUUGGAGGGUCCAGAUAUUGAUGUCAACCUACCAAAAGCUGACAUUGACAUCAAGGCUCCCAACGUUGACAUUAAAGGUCCAUCAAUAUCAGGACCAAACAUCUCAAUGCCCGAUGUGGACUUCAAUCUGAAAGGCCCAAAGGUGAAGGGACCAAAGAUCUCAAUGCCCGAUGUGGACUUCAAUCUGAAAGGCCCAAAGCUGAAGGGAGAUGUGGAUGUGUCAGUGCCAAAGCUUGAAGGAGACAUCAAGUCUCCCAAAGUUGACAUUAAAGGUCCAUCAAUAUCAGGACCAAAGAUCUCAAUGCCCGAUGUGGACUUCAAUCUGAAAGGCCCAAAGGUGAAGGGAGAUUUGGGUAUGUCAGGAGACCUCAAAGCACCAAAAGUAGGCAUUGAAGGUCCAGAUGUUGACAUUGAAGGUUCAGGAGGAUUUAAGAUGCCAAAGAUGAAGAUGCCCUCAUUUGGAAUCAAAGGAUCUAAAUUGGAGGGUCCAGAUAUUGAUGUCAACCUUCCAAAAGCUGACAUUGACAUCAAGGCUCCCAAAGUUGACAUUAAAGGUCCCUCAAUAUCAGGACCAAAGGUCUCAAUGCCCGAUGUGGACUUCAAUCUUAAAGGCCCAAAGGUGAAGGGAGAUUUGGGUAUGUCAGGAGACCUCAAAGCACCCAAAGUAGACAUUGAAGGUCCGGAUGUUGACAUGGAAGGUUCAGGAGGAUUUAAGAUGCCAAAGAUGAAGAUGCCCUCAUUUGGAAUCAAAGGAUCUAAAUUGGAGGGUCCAGAUAUUGAUGUCAACCUACCAAAAGCUGACAUUGACAUCAAGGCUCCCAACGUUGACAUUAAAGGUCCAUCAAUAUCAGGACCAAAGAUCUCAAUGCCCGAUGUGGACUUCAAUCUGAAAGGCCCAAAGGUGAAGGGAGAUGUGGAUGUGUCAGUGCCAAAGCUAGAAGGAGACAUCAAGGCUCCCAAAGUUGACGUUAAAGGUCCAUCAAUAUCAGGUCCAAAGAUCUCAAUGCCCGAUGUGGACUUCAAUCUGAAAGGCCCAAAGGUGAAGGGAGAUUUGGGUAUGUCAGGAGACCUCAAAGCACCAAAAGUAGGCAUUGAAGGUCCAGAUGUUGACAUUGAAGGUUCAGGAGGAUUUAAGAUGCCAAAGAUGAAGAUGCCCUCAUUUGGAAUCAAAGGAUCUAAAUUGGAGGGUCCAGAUAUUGAUGUCAACCUUCCAAAAGCUGACAUUGACAUCAAGGCUCCCAAAGUUGACAUUAAAGGUCCCUCAAUAUCAGGACCAAAGGUCUCAAUGCCCGAUGUGGACUUCAAUCUUAAAGGCCCAAAGGUGAAGGGAGAUUUGGGUAUGUCAGGAGACCUCAAAGCACCCAAAGUAGACAUUGAAGGUCCGGAUGUUGACAUGGAAGGUUCAGGAGGAUUUAAGAUGCCAAAGAUGAAGAUGCCCUCAUUUGGAAUCAAAGGAUCUAAAUUGGAGGGUCCAGAUAUUGAUGUCAACCUACCAAAAGCUGACAUUGACAUCAAGGCUCCCAACGUUGACAUUAAAGGUCCAUUAAUAUCAGGACCAAAGAUCUCAAUGCCCGAUGUGGACUUCAAUCUGAAAGGCCCAAAGGUGAAGGGACCAAAGAUCUCAAUGCCCGAUGUGGACUUCAAUCUGAAAGGCCCAAAGGUGAAGGGAGAUGUGGAUGUGUCAGUGCCAAAGCUUGAAGGAGACAUCAAGUCUCCCAAAGUUGACAUUAAAGGUCCAUCAAUAUCAGGACCAAAGAUCUCAAUGCCCGAUGUGGACUUCAAUCUGAAAGGCCCAAAGGUGAAGGGAGAUUUGGGUAUGUCAGGAGACCUCAAAGCACCCAAAGUAGACAUUGAAGGUCCAGAUGUUGACAUUGAAGGUUCAGGAGGAUUUAAGAUGCCAAAGAUGAAGAUGCCCUCAUUUGGAAUCAAAGGAUCUAAAUUGGAGGGUCCAGAUAUUGAUGUCAACCUUCCAAAAGCUGACAUUGACAUCAAGGCUCCCAAAGUUGACAUUAAAGGUCCCUCAAUAUCAGGACCAAAGGUCUCAAUGCCCGAUGUGGACUUCAAUCUGAAAGGCCCAAAGGUGAAGGGAGAUUUGGGUAUGUCAGGAGACCUCAAAGCACCCAAAGUAGACAUUGAAGGUCCAGAUGUUGACAUUGAAGGUUCAGGAGGAUUUAAGAUGCCAAAGAUGAAGAUGCCCUCAUUUGGAAUCAAAGGAUCUAAAUUGGAGGGUCCAGAUAUUGAUGUCAACCUUCCAAAAGCUGACAUUGACAUCAAGGCUCCCAAAGUUGACAUUAAAGGUCCCUCAAUAUCAGGACCAAAGGUCUCAAUGCCCGAUGUGGACUUCAAUCUGAAAGGCCCAAAGGUGAAGGGAGAUUUGGGUAUGUCAGGAGACCUCAAAGCACCCAAAGUAGACAUUGAAGGUCCGGAUGUUGACAUGGAAGGUUCAGGAGGAUUUAAGAUGCCAAAGAUGAAGAUGCCCUCAUUUGGAAUCAAAGGAUCUAAAUUGGAGGGUCCAGAUAUUGAUGUCAACCUACCAAAAGCUGACAUUGACAUCAAGGCUCCCAACGUUGACAUUAAAGGUCCAUCAAUAUCAGGACCAAAGAUCUCAAUGCCCGAUGUGGACUUCAAUCUGAAAGGCCCAAAGGUGAAGGGAGAUGUGGAUGUGUCAGUGCCAAAGCUUGAAGGAGACAUCAAGUCUCCCAAAGUUGACAUUAAAGGUCCCUCAAUAUCAGGUCCAAAGAUCUCAAUGCCCGAUGUGGACUUCAAUCUGAAAGGCCCAAAGGUGAAGGGAGAUUUGGGUAUGUCAGGAGACCUCAAAGCACCCAAAGUAGACAUUGAAGGUCCAGAUGUUGACAUUGAAGGUUCAGGAGGAUUUAAGAUGCCAAAGAUGAAGAUGCCCUCAUUUGGAAUCAAAGGAUCUAAAUUGGAGGGUCCAGAUAUUGAUGUCAACCUUCCAAAAGCUGACAUUGACAUCAAGGCUCCCAAAGUUGACAUUAAAGGUCCCUCAAUAUCAGGACCAAAGGUCUCAAUGCCCGAUGUGGACUUCAAUCUGAAAGGCCCAAAGGUGAAGGGAGAUUUGGGUAUGUCAGGAGACCUCAAAGCACCCAAAGUAGACAUUGAAGGACCAGAUGUUGACAUUGAAGGUUCAGGAGGAUUUAAGAUGCCAAAGAUGAAGAUGCCCUCAUUUGGAAUCAAAGGAUCUAAAUUGGAGGGUCCAGAUAUUGAUGUCAACCUUCCAAAAGCUGACAUUGACAUCAAGGCUCCCAAAGUUGACAUUAAAGGUCCCUCAAUAUCAGGACCAAAGGUCUCAAUGCCCGAUGUGGACUUCAAUCUGAAAGGCCCAAAGGUGAAGGGAGAUUUGGGUAUGUCAGGAGACCUCAAAGCACCCAAAGUAGACAUUGAAGGUCCGGAUGUUGACAUGGAAGGUUCAGGAGGAUUUAAGAUGCCAAAGAUGAAGAUGCCCUCAUUUGGAAUCAAAGGAUCUAAAUUGGAGGGUCCAGAUAUUGAUGUUAACCUACCAAAAGCUGACAUUGACAUCAAGGCUCCCAACGUUGACAUUAAAGGUCCAUCAAUAUCAGGACCAAAGAUCUCAAUGCCCGAUGUGGACUUCAAUCUGAAAGGCCCAAAGGUGAAGGGACCAAAGAUCUCAAUGCCCGAUGUGGACUUCAAUCUGAAAGGCCCAAAGCUGAAGGGAGAUGUGGAUGUGUCAGUGCCAAAGCUAGAAGGAGACAUCAAGUCUCCCAAAGUUGACAUUAAAGGUCCAUCAAUAUCAGGACCAAAUAUCUCAAUGCCCGAUGUAGACUUCAAUCUUAAAGGCCCAAAGGUGAAGGGAGAUUUGGGUAUGUCAGGAGACCUCAAAGCACCCAAAGUAGGCAUUGAAGGUCCAGAUGUUGACAUUGAAGGUUCAGGAGGAUUUAAGAUGCCAAAGAUGAAGAUGCCCUCAUUUGGAAUCAAAGGCUCUAAAUUGGAGGGUCCAGAUGUUGAUGUCAACCUACCAAAAGCUGACAUUGACAUCAAAGUGCCAAAAGUUGACAUUGAAGGUCCAGAACUUGACAUUGAAGGCCCUGAUGGUAAAAUCAAAGGUCCGAAAUUCAAGAUGCCAUCAGUGUCAGGACCAAAGAUCUCAAUGCCUGACAUGGACUUCAAUCUGAAAGGCCCGAAGAUGAAGGGAGAUAUUGAUAUGUCAGGAGACUUCAAAGCACCCAAAGUAGACAUUGAAGGACCAGAUGUUGACAUUGAAGGUUCAGGAGGAUUUAAGAUGCCAAAGAUGAAGAUGCCCUCAUUUGGAAUCAAAGGAUCUAAAUUGGAGGGUCCAGAUAUUGAUGUCAACCUACCAAAAGCUGACAUUGACAUCAAGGCUCCUAAAGUUGAUAUUAAAGUUCCAUCAAUAUCAGGACCAAAGAUCCCAAUGCCCGAUGUGGACUUUAAUAUAAAAGGGCCGAAGGUGAAGGGAGAGGUGGACGUGUCAUUGCCAAAGAUCAAAGGAGACCUCAAAGCACCCAAAGUAGAUAUUGAAGGACCAGAUGUUGACAUUGAAGGUUCAGGUGGAAUUAAAAUGCCAAAGAUAAAGAUGCCGUCUAUGUCUGGCCCCAAAUUGUCAAUGCCUGAUGUUGAUUUCAGUGUCAAAGGGCCAAAGUUCAAAGGGGGAGUUGAGGGAGAAAUGAGUACACCCAAAGCUGAAUUUGAUGGAUUGGAUAUCUCAGUAGAGAGUCCUGACAUUGCACCAAAGAAGUCUAAGUUCAAAAUGCCAAAGUUUGGAUUCAAAGGGCCCAAAGUCAAGUCUCCUGAGGUUGAUGUAAAGCUAGCAAAAGCCGAUAUCAAUAUCAAAGCACCGAAAGGUAGUCUUCCAGACCUUGACCUUGAUAUUGGGGCUACCAGCCCUAAAGUCAAAGGAUCCAAAUUCAAAAUGCCUAAAUUUGGAUUCAAAAGCCCGAAGGUAGAGAUACCAGAUGUAGAUAUUAACCUUCCUAAAGCUGACAUUGACUUCAAGGGACCCAGUGUCGAUAUUAAAGGUCCUCAUAUUGACAUUGAAAGUCCUGAUGGCAAAAUCAAGGGCCCAAAAAACAAGAUGCCAACAAUAUCAGGACCAAAGGUCUCCAUGCCUGAUGUGGAUUUCAACCUAAAAGGUACAAAGAUGAAAGGAGAUAUCAAUAUACCAGUCCCCAAGAUCGAAGGAGACAUCAAAGGUACAAACCUAGACAUUGAAGGUCCAGAUGGUAAAAUCAAAGGGCCAAAAUUCAAGAUGCCAUCUAUUUCAGGACCAAACAUCUCAAUGCCUGACAUGGACUUCAACCUGAAAGGUCCAAAGGUGAAGGGAGAUUUUGAUGUGUCAGGAGACCUCAAAGCACCCAAAGUAGGUGUUGAAGGUCCAGAUGUUGACAUUGAAGGUUCAGGAGGAUUUAAGAUGCCAAAGAUGAAGAUGCCCUCAUUUGGAUUCAAAGGACCAAAAGUUGAGGGAGAUUUUGACGUCAAUCUACCUAAAGGCGACAUUGACAUUGAAGGUCCAGAAAUUGACAUUGAAGGUCCAGAUGGUAAAAUCAAAGGGCCAAAAUUCAAGAUGCCAUCAAUAUCUGGACCAAAGAUCUCUAUGCCUGAUGUGGACUUCAACCUGAAAGGUCCAAAGGUGAAAGGAGAUGUCAAUGUUUCAGUCCCCAAGAUUGAAGGAGACAUCAAAGGUCCAAACCUAGACAUUGAAGGUCCAGAUGGUAAAAUCAAAGGGCCGAAAUUCAAGAUGCCAUCAAUAUCAGGACCAAACAUCUCAAUGCCUGACAUGGACUUCAACCUGAAAGGUCCAAAGGUGAAGGGAGAUUUUGAUAUGUCAGGAGAUCUCAAAGCACCCAAAGUAGGUGUUGAAGGUCCAGAUGUUGACAUUGAAGGUUCAGGAGGAUUUAAGAUGCCAAAGAUGAAGAUGCCCUCAUUUGGAUUCAAAGGACCAAAAGUUGAGGGAGAUUUUGACGUCAAUCUACCUACAGGCGACAUUGACAUUGAAGGUCCAGAAAUUGACAUUGAAGGUCCAGAUGGUAAAAUCAAAGGGCCAAAAUUCAAGAUGCCAUCAAUAUCUGGACCAAAGAUCUCUAUGCCUGAUGUGGACUUCAACCUGAAAGGUCCAAAGGUGAAAGGAGAUGUCAAUGUUUCAGUCCCCAAGAUUGAAGGAGACAUCAAAGGUCCAAACCUAGACAUUGAAGGUCCAGAUGGUAAAAUCAAAGGGCCGAAAUUCAAGAUGCCAUCAAUAUCAGGACCAAACAUCUCAAUGCCUGACAUGGACUUCAACCUGAAAGGUCCAAAGGUGAAGGGAGAUUUUGAUAUGUCAGGAGAUCUCAAAGCACCCAAAGUAGGUGUUGAAGGUCCAGAUGUUGACAUUGAAGGUUCAGGAGGAUUUAAGAUGCCAAAGAUGAAGAUGCCCUCAUUUGGAUUCAAAGGACCAAAAGUUGAGGGAGAUUUUGACGUCAAUCUACCUACAGGCGACAUUGACAUUGAAGGUCCAGAAAUUGACAUUGAAGGUCCAGAUGGUAAAAUCAAAGGGCCAAAAUUCAAGAUGCCAUCAAUAUCUGGACCAAAGAUCUCUAUGCCUGAUGUGGACUUCAACCUGAAAGGUCCAAAGGUGAAAGGAGAUGUCAAUGUUUCAGUCCCCAAGAUCGAAGGAGACAUCAAAGUUCCAAACCUAGACAUUGAAGGUCCAGAUGGUAAAAUCAAAGGGCCAAAAUUCAAGAUGCCAUCAAUAUCAGGACCAAACAUCUCAAUGCCUGACAUGGAUUUCAACCUGAAAGGUCCAAAGGUGAAGGGAGAUUUUGAUAUGUCAGGAGACCUCAAAGCACCCAAAGUAGGUGUUGAAGGUCCAGAUGUUGACAUUGAAGGUUCAGGAGGAUUUAAGAUGCCAAAGAUGAAGAUGCCUUCGUUUGGAUUCAAAGGACCCAAACUUGAGGGUCCAGAUAUUGAUGUCAACCUACCUAAAGCUGACAUUGACAUCAAGGCUCCCAAAAUUGAUAUUAAAGGUCCGGAACUUGACAUUGAAGGUCCAGAUGGUAAAAUCAAAGGGCCGAAAUUCAAGAUGCCAUCCAUAUCAGGCCCAAACAUCUCAAUGCCUGACAUGGACUUCAACCUGAAAGGUCCAAAGGUGAAGGGAGAUUUGGAUAUGUCAGGAAACCUCAAAGGACCGAAAGUAGACAUUGAAGGUCCAGAUGUUGACAUUGAAGGUUCAGGAGGAUUUAAGAUGCCAAAGAUGAAGAUGCCCUCAUUUGGAUUCAAAGGACCAAAAGUUGAGGGAGAUUUUGACGUCAAUCUACCUAAAGGCGACAUUGACAUUGAAGGUCCAGAAAUUGACAUUGAAGGUCCAGAUGGUAAAAUCAAAGGGCCAAAAUUCAAGAUGCCAUCAAUAUCUGGACCAAAGAUCUCUAUGCCUGAUGUGGACUUCAACCUUAAAGGUCCAAAGGUGAAAGGAGAUGUCAAUGUUUCAGUCCCCAAGAUCGAAGGAGACAUCAAAGGUCCAAACCUAGACAUUGAAGGUCCAGAUGGUAAAAUCAAAGGGCCAAAAUUCAAGAUGCCAUCAAUAUCAGGACCAAACAUCUCAAUGCCUGACAUGGAUUUCAACCUGAAAGGUCCAAAGGUGAAGGGAGAUUUUGAUAUGUCAGGAGACCUCAAAGCACCCAAAGUAGGAAUUGAAGGUCCAGACGUUGACAUUGAAGGUUCAGGAGGAUUUAAGAUGCCAAAGAUGAAGAUGCCUUCGUUUGGAUUCAAAGGACCCAAACUUGAGGGUCCAGAUAUUGAUGUCAACCUACCUAAAGCUGACAUUGACAUCAAGGCUCCCAAAAUUGAUAUUAAAGGUCCGGAACUUGACAUUGAAGGUCCAGAUGGUAAAAUCAAAGGGCCGAAAUUCAAGAUGCCAUCCAUAUCAGGCCCAAACAUCUCAAUGCCUGACAUGGAUUUCAACCUGAAAGGUCCAAAGGUGAAGGGAGAUUUUGAUAUGUCAGGAGACCUCAAAGCACCCAAAGUAGGAAUUGAAGGUCCAGAUGUUGACAUUGAAGGUUCAGGAGGAUUUAAGAUGCCAAAGAUGAAGAUGCCCUCAUUUGGAUUCAAAGGACCAAAAGUUGAGGGAGAUUUUGACGUCAAUCUACCUAAAGGCAACAUUGACAUUGAAGGUCCAGAAAUUGACAUUGAAGGUCCAGAUGGUAAAAUCAAAGGGCCAAAAUUCAAGAUGCCAUCAAUAUCUGGACCAAAGAUCUCUAUGCCUGAUGUGGACUUCAACCUGAAAGGUCCAAAGGUGAAAGGAGAUGUCAAUGUUUCAGUCCCCAAGAUCGAAGGAGACAUCAAAGGUCCAAACCUAGACAUUGAAGGUCCAGAUGGUAAAAUCAAAGGGCCAAAAUUCAAGAUGCCAUCAAUAUCAGGACCAAACAUCUCAAUGCCUGACAUGGAUUUCAACCUGAAAGGUCCAAAGGUGAAGGGAGAUUUUGAUAUGUCAGGAGACCUCAAAGCACCCAAAGUAGGAAUUGAAGGUCCAGAUGUUGACAUUGAAGGUUCAGGAGGAUUUAAGAUGCCAAAGAUGAAGAUGCCUUCGUUUGGAUUCAAAGGACCCAAACUUGAGGGUCCAGAUAUUGAUGUCAACCUACCUAAAGCUGACAUUGACAUCAAGGCUCCCAAAAUUGAUAUUAAAGGUCCGGAACUUGACAUUGAAGGUCCAGAUGGUAAAAUCAAAGGGCCGAAAUUCAAGAUGCCAUCCAUAUCAGGCCCAAACAUCUCAAUGCCUGACAUGGACUUCAACCUGAAAGGUCCAAAGGUGAAGGGAGAUUUGGAUAUGUCAGGAAACCUCAAAGGACCGAAAGUAGACAUUGAAGGUCCAGAUGUUGACAUUGAAGGUUCAGGAGGAUUUAAGAUGCCAAAGAUGAAGAUGCCCUCAUUUGGAUUCAAAGGACCAAAAGUUGAGGGAGAUUUUGACGUCAAUCUACCUAAAGGCGACAUUGACAUUGAAGGUCCAGAAAUUGACAUUGAAGGUCCAGAUGGUAAAAUCAAAGGGCCAAAAUUCAAGAUGCCAUCAAUAUCUGGACCAAAGAUCUCUAUGCCUGAUGUGGACUUCAACCUGAAAGGUCCAAAGGUGAAAGGAGAUGUCAAUGUUUCAGUCCCCAAGAUCGAAGGUGACAUCAAAGGUCCAAACCUAGACAUUGAAGGUCCAGAUGGUAAAAUCAAAGGGCCAAAAUUCAAGAUGCCAUCAAUAUCAGGACCAAACAUCUCAAUGCCUGACAUGGAUUUCAACCUGAAAGGUCCAAAGGUGAAGGGAGAUUUUGAUAUGUCAGGAGACCUCAAAGCACCCAAAGUAGGAAUUGAAGGUCCAGAUGUUGACAUUGAAGGUUCAGGAGGAUUUAAGAUGCCAAAGAUGAAGAUGCCUUCGUUUGGAUUCAAAGGACCCAAACUUGAGGGUCCAGAUAUUGAUGUCAACCUACCUAAAGCUGACAUUGACAUCAAGGCUCCCAAAAUUGAUAUUAAAGGUCCGGAACUUGACAUUGAAGGUCCAGAUGGUAAAAUCAAAGGGCCGAAAUUCAAGAUGCCAUCAAUAUCAGGACCAAACAUCUCAAUGCCUGACAUGGAUUUCAACCUGAAAGGUCCAAAGGUGAAGGGAGAUUUGGAUAUGUCAGGAAACCUCAAAGGACCAAAAGUAGACAUUGAAGGUCCAGAUGUUGACAUUGAAGGUUCAGGAGGAUUUAAGAUGCCAAAGAUGAAGAUGCCCUCAUUUGGAUUCAAAGGACCAAAAGUUGAGGGAGAUUUUGACGUCAAUCUACCUAAAGGCAACAUUGACAUUGAAGGUCCAGAAAUUGACAUUGAAGGUCCAGAUGGUAAAAUCAAAGGGCCAAAAUUCAAGAUGCCAUCAAUAUCUGGACCAAAGAUCUCUAUGCCUGAUGUGGACUUCAACCUGAAAGGUCCAAAGGUGAAAGGAGAUGUCAAUGUUUCAGUCCCCAAGAUCGAAGGAGACAUCAAAGGUCCAAACCUAGACAUUGAAGGUCCAGAUGGUAAAAUCAAAGGGCCAAAAUUCAAGAUGCCAUCAAUAUCAGGACCAAACAUCUCAAUGCCUGACAUGGAUUUCAACCUGAAAGGUCCAAAGGUGAAGGGAGAUUUUGAUAUGUCAGGAGACCUCAAAGCACCCAAAGUAGGAAUUGAAGGUCCAGAUGUUGACAUUGAAGGUUCAGGAGGAUUUAAGAUGCCAAAGAUGAAGAUGCCUUCGUUUGGAUUCAAAGGACCCAAACUUGAGGGUCCAGAUAUUGAUGUCAACCUACCUAAAGCUGACAUUGACAUCAAGGCUCCCAAAAUGGAUAUUAAAGGUCCGGAACUUGACAUUGAAGGUCCAGAUGGUAAAAUCAAAGGGCCGAAAUUCAAGAUGCCAUCCAUAUCAGGCCCAAACAUCUCAAUGCCUGACAUGGACUUCAACCUGAAAGGUCCAAAGGUGAAGGGAGAUUUGGAUAUGUCAGGAAACCUCAAAGGACCGAAAGUAGACAUUGAAGGUCCAGAUGUUGACAUUGAAGGUUCAGGAGGAUUUAAGAUGCCAAAGAUGAAGAUGCCCUCAUUUGGAUUCAAAGGACCAAAAGUUGAGGGAGAUUUUGACGUCAAUCUACCUAAAGGCAACAUUGACAUUGAAGGUCCAGAAAUUGACAUUGAAGGUCCAGAUGGUAAAAUCAAAGGGCCAAAAUUCAAGAUGCCAUCCAUAUCUGGACCAAAGAUCUCUAUGCCUGAUGUGGACUUCAACCUGAAAGGUCCAAAGGUGAAAGGAGAUGUCAAUGUUUCAGUCCCCAAGAUUGAAGGAGACAUCAAAGGUCCAAACCUAGACAUUGAAGGUCCAGAUGGUAAAAUCAAAGGGCCAAAAUUCAAGAUGCCAUCAAUAUCAGGACCAAACAUCUCAAUGCCUGACAUGGACUUCAACCUGAAAGGUCCAAAGGUGAAGGGAGAUUUUGAUAUGUCAGGAGACCUCAAAGCACCCAAAGUAGGUGUUGAAGGUCCAGAUGUUGACAUUGAAGGUUCAGGAGGAUUUAAGAUGCCAAAGAUGAAGAUGCCUUCGUUUGGAUUCAAAGGACCCAAACUUGAGGGUCCAGAUAUUGAUGUCAACCUACCUAAAGCUGACAUUGACAUCAAGGCUCCCAAAAUUGAUAUUAAAGGUCCGGAACUUGACAUUGAAGGUCCAGAUGGUAAAAUCAAAGGGCCGAAAUUCAAGAUGCCAUCCAUAUCAGGCCCAAACAUCUCAAUGCCUGACAUGGACUUCAACCUGAAAGGUCCAAAGGUGAAGGGAGAUUUGGAUAUGUCAGGAAACCUCAAAGGACCGAAAGUAGACAUUGAAGGUCCAGAUGUUGACAUUGAAGGUUCAGGAGGAUUUAAGAUGCCAAAGAUGAAGAUGCCCUCAUUUGGAUUCAAAGGACCAAAAGUUGAGGGAGAUUUUGACGUCAAUCUACCUAAAGGCGACAUUGACAUUGAAGGUCCAGAAAUUGACAUUGAAGGUCCAGAUGGUAAAAUCAAAGGGCCAAAAUUCAAGAUGCCAUCAAUAUCUGGACCAAAGAUCUCUAUGCCUGAUGUGGACUUCAACCUGAAAGGUCCAAAGGUGAAAGGAGAUGUCAAUGUUUCAGUCCCCAAGAUUGAAGGAGACAUCAAAGGUCCAAACCUAGACAUUGAAGGUCCAGAUGGUAAAAUCAAAGGGCCGAAAUUCAAGAUGCCAUCGAUAUCUGGACCAAACAUCUCAAUGCCUGACAUGGACUUCAACCUGAAAGGUCCAAAGGUGAAAGGAGAUUUUGAUAUGUCAGGAGACCUCAAAGCACCCAAAGUAGGAAUUGAAGGUCCAGAUGUCGACAUUGAAGGUUCAGGAGGAUUUAAGAUGCCAAAGAUGAAGAUGCCUUCAUUUGGAUUUAAAGGACCCACUCUUGAGGGUCCAGAUAUUGAUGUCAACCUACCUAAAGCUGACAUUGACAUCAAGGCUCCCAAAAUUGAUAUUAAAGGUCCAAAACUUGACAUUGAAGGUCCAGAUGGUAAAAUCAAAGGGUCGAAAUUCAAGAUGCCAUCCAUAUCAGGCCCAAACAUCUCAAUGCCUGACAUGGACUUCAACCUGAAAGGUCCAAAGGUGAAAGGAGAUUUUGAUAUGUCAGGAGACCUCAAAGCACCCAAAGUAGGCAUUGAAGGUCCAGAUGUUGACAUUGAAGGUUCAGGAGGAUUUAAGAUGCCAAAGAUGAAAAUUCCAUCAUUCGGAAUCAAAGGACCUAAACUGGAAGGUGCGGAUGUUGAUCUUAACCUACCCAAAGCUGAUAUUGACAUCAAGGGACCGAGUUUUGACAUUUCACGUCCAGAUCUCAACAUCAAAGGCCCUGAUGCAAAGUUGUCCAGUGGAUCCCUUGAUAUGGGAAGUCCCAGUUUCAGUAUUGACAAACCAGAUGUCAAGUUUCCAAAGUUCAAAGGUCCCACGUUUGGUAUUAGGUCACCUGAAGUUGAAGGACCUGAACUGAAUAUUUCUCACGGAAAGAUGGAUGUGAAGGCACCUGUGGUUGACCUUAACCUAGGGGAUGCAAAUAUCAAAGGACCUAAAUUCAAGGCACCAAAGAUCCAUAUGGGAGGCAAGAGCCCCAAAUUAGAUGUUAAUUUGCCAGAGGGUGACAGUAGUCUAGAAGCCCCUGAUGUUGACAUUCAUGUCAAAGGAAAGAAAGGUAAAUUCAAACUACCCAAAAUCAAAGGGAAAGCAAAGAAAGCUGAUGUAGAUAUUGACCUUGAAACAUCAGGUGUAGAUUUAGAUGUUGACUCUCCUGAGCUUCACCUGAAAGGAGCAAAAGUAAAGAAACCCUUCUUUGGAAAACUUCAUUUCCCUGAUGUGGAAUUUGAUGUAAAAUCUCCCAAAGUUAAAGGCGAUGGCUCUCUGUCUGGUGGCUUGUCAUCUGGGAGCCUACAAGCCAAUAUUGAAGCACCAGAUCUAAAUGUGCAAGUCCCAGAUGUAAAAACUAAGUCUAACAUAAAAUUUCCAGGGAUGAAAAUCAGAGGGCCCCAGGUAAAUGUACCUGAUGUCGAUGUAAAUGUGAACAGGAAAAAUCUGAAAGGAGAGGCAAGCCUUUCAGGAGAUUUAAAAGGUCCUAAAAUUGAUAUUGGAGGAGGGGGAGGAGGAGUAGAUGUAGACUCAAAUGUUUCAGGAUACAGUGGACUACAUUUCCCAGAGGGACAUGUGUCAUUCCCCAAAAUCAAUGUUCCAAAGUACCAUGGACCAGAGAUGGGAGAAGAUGUUGAUGCAGGAGCAAGAGCAGGGGCAGGGGCAGGGGCAGCAGUGCGGGGUGGAAAGAUUGAUGUGCAGGCUCCUUCGGUUAGUGGUAGUUCUCCGAGCCUGGAGCUGCACAGUGGUGAGAAAGUAAAGGUCAAGAUGCCAAGGUUCGGUUUUGGCAAGUCAAAAGCAAAGGGAGGUAGUGCAGCGGAUCUUAGCUUCCAGGGACCGGACGCAGAACUUAGAGCCGGUGGUAGUGGUGGCGUUAAGGGCUCCAAAGAGUUGAGUUUAAGUCAUGGGGAGUUAGUAAGUGGCAAGUUGUCUGUAGAGGGAGGAUCUGGGCAUAGUGUGUCCCCUAAGAGCAAGUCAGCCUCACUGGAUCUUUUUAAGAAAUCAAGGCAUCGGUCUUCCUCUGUGGCGAGUGACGAGGGAGAUCUGGCUGUGUCUUCCCCCUCAAGUCACUUAAGUGCUGAGGGUGGCGACAUCUCUGUAGAUGUUGGGGGGGCCAAGGUGAAAGGAAAGAAGUUAAAGUUUGGCACCUUUGGUGGUUUUGGCUCAAAGUCAAAGGGCUCAUAUGAAGUGCGUCUGGGUGAAGGUAGUGAAGAGAGAGUUGAGGUAAGUGGAGGUGUAUCUCUCCCCUCUAAAAAGUCUAGAAUCUCUUCAUCCUCCAGCAGCGACAGUGGGUCUAGAGGUGGUUUCCGUUUCCCAAAACUCGAGUUGUCUGUGUCACCAAAGAAAUGAUGAAUUGUGAGGCUAAUUAUAAACUACUACCCAAUUGUCUGUUCCAUGUACACAACACCCCUAUCUGCUCAAGUUUUUAAAACUUGACAGAUGAGUUCACAUCUCAUCUCAAUGUAACAAUACAUGUGUGUUAUUCCCUUUGGACUUUCUUCACACAUUUUACUUAUUACAUAUGGGGUAGAUGACAUUGUUCAGACUACAAUUUAACUGUAAAUAAGAUGAAUCUGUAUUGUAAUAUUAAGUAUUGUCUUUUGUACAUAGUCAAAAUUUAUUGAACUUAUUACCAUCUUACCAAAUUCAUACCAAUAGUGCCUCACAUGUUUAGUCCAAGUGUUGCAUUGCAUUCUUUUAAAAUGCAUUUAGUUAAGAUUAGGUGUGGUAUUUUUGUAUCCAGGGGGUCUAUUGCACAAACAUAGUUUAGAUUCAAUUGUUAUUUUGAAGAAAAGUAUGUUUAUACACAGACAACAACUACGUUUUUAUGUAUGAAAUAAUUUACAUUUGUUUUGAAGCUUUGGAUAUAUAAUCGUUGCAGAAGCAUAUUUACUCAACAUAGAGCAGGGCCCUGUAUAACAUUCUAUCAAGAGUGACAAUGCUAUUAGAGACCAUCAUUGAAAAUAAAAGCAAUGUUAAUGUAAACUAUAAACUCUAUUAACAGCUGUUUUUAAUCUUUGAGAGAGAGAAUGUACUUCUUAUUUAAUUUUAUUUUAUUUUUUUUACAUCCAUUUGAUUACUACAAUUUGUCCCUUUUCGCUUCAACGCCUUUAAUUUGAAUUCUACUCAAAUGGCAAAGUGGUCGAAAUUGAAAAAUAGUACAGCAUAUGCUGAAGAAUCCAUUUGUAUUUUUUAUUUUUUUUAAAUUCUUUUACAAUCAAGAGAUGUAAUGUAAAGAAACAGAAUAACAGAAGCAAAUCGUGUUUUUAAUGAAGACAUUGUAUUACAUUCAGGUGGAUCACUCUCUCUCUCAAUGUCUCUCCAUUUCUCUCCCUCACUGUCUCACUCUUUCUCUCUCUCACUGUCUCACUUAAUGCAAGUCUCUGGUGUUUGGUUAUACUAAAGAAAAUAUAUGACUAUUAUGAAUAAAGAGUCACGCUGUAUUUUUUGUUGUUGCACCUUUUAUAGGUAAACAAAUAUCUGCAAUGUUAAUAACAGAGAACGAAAGCUGAAAAUGUCCUCGCUUUUGUUUGAUGGAGUUGGAGUUUUGAAUACUAUUUGGAUCUAUUGUGUUUCAUUCUGCAAAAUAAAUCUAAUAAACGGUUAAGAUACCAA